AUGUCCAUCCACACAUGGCUUCCCGCCGCCUUGGCCAGUGCAUCUGCAGUAGCUGACGGCGCUGCGCACAGACCUUUCUGUCCACCGUACACGUUUAGCGAUGAGACAUUGGACAUCCCAAUCCAGUCAACGCACGAUACCGGGCAUUGCUCCCUCGAGGCAUCGCGGAAGCGCUAUGGAACGUUGUUGGAGGAGACGGCCUACCAGAGCAGGACCAUGUGGCGAGCAGCCACGCGCUACUACGCACCUGAGCGGUGGGAGGCAUGGGGCACUCUAUAUGAGACGAUGUCUCACCUGGAAUGCUUCGCAGCCUUCAGGUCUUGUUUUCCCGGCGGCCUUCUGGAGGAAGCAGCGACAGUGGUACCAGUUUGCUGGUCUUUCCAAGAGGAGGUGAAGAAGGUUUUCCGCUUGGAUGCGCACAUGAAGCAGGCAGCAGAGCAGCUUGGAAUGGAGAUCUUGACAAGCGAGGACGACCUUCGCAGACUGAAUCAUCCUUGCUACGAGACCGAACACAUGACCACGUUCAAGGCCCACGACAUUUUGCGGCGCCAGGCCAUCAUACCAGCUUCAAAUCUGUUUGGGGACCAUGCCGGUGGGAACAAGGGCUUGGUUCCCUUUUGGGUUCCGAAGUGGACAUCUCCAGUUUCGCACAGCUUCGAUGUGUGUAACCGCAAAGACUUGCUGAAGUGGUAUGACUCUUUCGAGAAGCCGACAAUCCCCAGCCAGUUGCCAGUGGAGCCUUUAGACUGGCAGCAGUGGGUGGUAAACCUCGGUGCUGGAGACGGCUCCUGUGUGCAAGAUGUCGUGCGGCAAGACAACCUUGCGCGUGGACUCUUUGGCAUGGCAGACCCUGCAAACUGUUUGCUCCGAGAUGGAUAUGGAGGCUUGGUGUUUGAGGGUGACAACAGGCACAUCGAGGAUCUGCACGGUCUUGUGGGAAAUCGCACAGACGUGGAAUUUCAUUUCGGUUUUGUGGAUCCUGGUAUUGCCACGCAGCGGAUCUUGGAUUACCGAGCGCGCCAUGACCACUCAUCACCACAAUGGCUCAAGGUUGACGUGGACAAUUGUGACUGCUGCUUUGUCGAAGACGUGCUUCAAGCUGGUGUCCGACCACUGAUGAUUCAUGUGGAAGUGCACCCACUGGUCCCUCCACCUUUUGUUUACAGGCCGACCUCUUUUGAUCCCAACAUUGGGGACUCGAUGCUCUCGCUGAGUGUCUCGGAAGGGCGUCCUGGACACAUGCUUCACUGCUCGUUGUCUGCCUUCGAGGAGUUGCUGGAUGGAUUCGGGUAUCAUUUGGUCUAUUUCCACUAUCACGAUGCAACCUUUGCACGCCGAGAUGUUGUUCAGGCUCCUAGUUGGAUGACCGAAAAGACCCUGGAGGAUGUGUGGUACGGCCUCUUCUAUUGUCACCCGCUGCGCGCAUGGGACCCGCUCGAAGUCUUGUGCAGGUCUUAG